AUGUCCGAAGCUCGGCAGAUACCUCGAAACCGACGAAAGACACGCAGUGGCUGUCUCCGUUGCAAGCAGAGAAAGAUCAAGUGUGAUGAGGCUUUGCCACAUUGUAACCAAUGCACGCGCAGGGCACUCGACUGCCCCGGAUACGAGCGACCACUUAAGUGGUCAUCUAAAUAUGAGACGUGGAACAGCGCUGAUGCUACCAAGGAGAGCUCGGCGAACGUCAUUAGCAGCGAGCGCGACCUCACAAAUAACGCAAAAGAACCCGAGAACAAUCUAUCAAAAACUUCGACAAAGCUCAGCUGUAUUAGGAGCCCAUCCUUAUCACAGAGAGGGCAUGUCUCUGAAUCAAACUAUCAAAGACAUACUACCGGGGGUGUUCCCAUGGAGGAUGACUUCACUCUGGACCCAGAUAAGCUUCUGGGGCCCCUGAUUUUCUCAAGGCCUAGCAUCGACGAGUUCUUUUACGAUACCAUCUCACAGAGCCAAGCCCUAGAUACGACCCUUUGGGAUGAUUUGCUGAUUCCGUCACCACAAAUCGCUGAAGACCAGAGUACACGGCUCUCCCGUCACUACUUUUCGAGUAUCUGCCGCAUCAAUUGUUGUUUCGACUCAUCCAAAAAUCCCUUUCGGGGCUGGCACAAUCCAUCCGUUCUGGGUAUCACACAUCUUCACGGGGCACGAGGACUUUACAAGAAAUGGCUCAUUAGAGCGAACAACUCGGUUGACACAGCUGCGGACCAACACAAACUAUCCCACGUCAAAACUUUCCUGAAUGGCACUAUGGCAUAUUGGGAGGCGAUGGCAUCGUUUGUAAUGGAUCAACCUGUACAAUCUAUUUCUUACCUGACGCCAAUCUGUGAUCAGACUGGGGCAAAGAAAAUCCAGUCCAAUCCUUGGACAGGCAUAUCGACACCUGUUUUCGUCUAUCUCGCUCAAGCAGGAGCACUUGGCAGACAGCGGUCUAUCAUCAGAAAAUUGAGCGUCUCAAAUUCCACCACCGGGGUUCAUGAAAAACUUCAUGAGGACCUCCUGGCCCAAGCAUGUGACGUUGAGACUGCCCUUCUGGGUUACAAGACCCCUUCAAUCGACAGGAUAGAAGACACGGGGGAUGCUCUUACUCCUGUGAGCCAUUUGCAGAAAAUGGCGCAAGUAUACAGGUUGACAGCUUUACUCGAAAUUUACCGAGUCUUCCCAGAGCUUUUGCAGAAGCCAUCUUCAGAUGAGGCUAACGUCUUCGACUCGAUCUCAUUCCAAUCGAGGACCAUCGCUCUCGCAAUUGGUAUUCUUACUAUCAUAUCAACUAUCCCCGAGACCUCAGGAGUGAACGCCUUGCUAUGUCUUCCCAUGAUUACUGCUGGCAGUGCAUUGCAACCCACGGAGGCAGAUCGACCAGAGCUCUCUCACGGGUCAACCCGGGGUAGUCUCUGCAGUGAGCUAAUGUCGAUAUUCAUUCAGAACGAUGCUCACGCGCGCUGGCGGGAAUUUGUACGAGAGAGAAUGAAUAUCAUUCACAAUUAUGUUGGCUUGGGUGGUGUUGCUCGAGCAUUGGAGGUUAUUGAGAAGACUUGGUUUAGGGCUGAUGUUCAAGUCUUUGCGAAUGAGCCAGACUCGGUAGGGGAAUUUGUUCAUUGGACAGAUGUGAUGGCUGAUGAACGGUUGGAGACUAUUUUUGGGUGA